AUGAGCAGCCACAACAAGCACACCACCGCUCGGCCACCCGGGCAGCAACGCUGGGCGACCCGCCUGGCUCGCCUUAUCGCGCUGCUGCUGCAGUGCGUUGCUGCUGACCCAGAGGUAGCAGUAGCCACGGCAGGGGCGGCAGCGGUGGGGCAGGCGACGCCCACAGCCGACAGCCGCAUUCCAGCCAAUGUUCAGCGGCUGCUGGACCGCCUGCUACAAACGGCCAGCCCGGAGGACGUCCCACACGACUACACGGGCAGGUUUGCCUUUGCCUCAGCCAAAGACCAGGCGCUGCUGCCGGCGGCGCUGCUGGAGCUGGCUGGCGAGCCCGCCGACGAGACAGCUGGCGCCGACGAGGCAGCCGGCACGGUCGUCGCGGCGUCGCUGGCGGCCUCCCUGCCGACGGGCGCUGCCGCCAGCCACCAGACGCAGCCUGCCGCCAUCGGCACGCGGGCCGCCGGCCCGGGCGGAGCGGCGGAGGCGGCUGGCGGCUGGCUGGCGGCCUUCUUGGGCGACACCCUCAGCCUGCAGCCCCACACCCUGACUGAGCUGGAGGAGGAGGAGGAGGAGGAGGAGGAGGUUAACAUUGAGUUAGAGAUAGACGGCACAGCAGGCGACGUGGCGCAAGACAAUGAAGUGGAGGUGGACAGCACCACCACCACGCCCGCCUCGCUGCGCCGCCUGCUGGGCCCGCUCCGCGGCGCCUCAGCCCGGCGCUGGCUGCGCCAGAAGAAGGGGCGGCGGCCGCGGCCGCGGCCGCGGCCGGCGCGGCGGCCACGCCCGGCCCAGCGAGCGUGCCCGCCAAAAACAUACUGCUGGGUGGAGCCGGGGCCGCAGCUGAAGCGGGUGAGCGCGCUGAGAAUUGUGGGCAUCACAGUCGCGUUUGAGAACAAUGCGCGAGCCCCACGGUACGGCUAUGCAGAGAAGCUCGGGGACGGCAGGGGCAUAACCUUCGGGAGGUGCGGCUUCUGCACAGGCACCGGCGACGGUGUGCGGGUCAUCAACCUGUAUGCCGCCUACCGCCCCAAGUCCAAGCUCGCCUCGUACCUGCCCGCCCUGCGCGCCAUCAACGAAAAGGGCGGCGGCGACAACGUGGAUGGGCUGGACGGCUUCGAGGCGGCGGUGGCGGCGGCCGCCGCCGACUCCGCCUUCCGGUACGCCCAGGACGUGCUGCACGAGACCAUGUACUACCGUCCCGCCAUGGCGCUGUCCCGCGCCGUGGGCGCCAGGUUUGGCAUCACCAAGGGGGAGAUCUACGACACCUUCAUCCAGCACGGCUGGAGCGACAGCAUGUCUGUUGACUCGGUGGGCGGCAUCACGCAGGCCGCCUCCGCCAAGACCGGCGGGCGGCCGAUGGUCGCCGACGAGCGGCGGUGGCUGGCAAACUUCCUGGAAGCCAGGCGGGCGGUCCUGGGAGGGGCCCACAAGUGGCUGGACGCCACCUACCGAGUGGAUGCAUACCAGCGCUUCCUGGACCGCGGCAACCUGGCGCUCAACGGGCCCGUCAAGGCGAGCGCGGGCUGUGGCCGGGGCGCCGGCGUCGGCGUCAUGAGCGUCGUGGUGCCCUGA